AAAAUACAAGGAAGUCAAGAUGAAAUUGAACGACUAUCAGUUCUUGAUGAAUUUGUUGACCAAACUUUAAGUGAACAAAUAUAUAAUACAUUUCAAGAUCCAGACUCUAAUAACCAUUCUCUUUUUGAAUACACAACUCAAAACACUACAAAAGGAUACUUUAAUAUGGAAACUUGUUAUCAACAUAGAAUUCAACAUAUGCAAAACCUUUUUGCAGAAGAG